CUUUGCUUCUGAGAUGCAGAGCUGACUGAUAUAAGUCAAAAGAACAGCAAUAAAUGAAAAGAGCAACAGAAGGAAGAGGAAAGCUGCACAACUGGACACAAGGACCAUAAGGAUGUAUGGAUUCAUCAAUACCUGCCUUAAAUCUCUGGUUGUUGAGAAAUUUGGUGAAGAAACAUGGGAGAAACUAAGGAUCCAAGCUGAAGUUGAGGACACCUUCAUGACCUACGAAGUCUAUGAUGAUGUCAUCACCCUCAGACUGGUGAAAGAAGCCUGUAAAAUGCUCAAUGUGUCUUCUGAAGUUGUGCUGAAACUCUUCGGAGAAUAUUUCUUCAGCUUCUGCAAGAUGUCUGGCUAUGACCGAAUGCUGCGCACACUAGGGGGGAACCUGAUGGAAUUCAUUGAGAACCUUGAUGCUCUCCACAGCUACCUGGCACUUUCCUAUCAGGAAAUGAAUGCCCCCUCCUUCCGGGUGGAGAGGAGAGAAGAUGGAAAAAUGCUGCUUCACUACUAUUCUGACAGGAGAGGCCUGUGUCAUAUAGUACCAGGAAUAAUUGAAGCGGUAGCAAAAGACUUUUUUAACAGCCAAGUCAGCAUGACCAUCCUCAACCAAUCCGAAGAGGAAGAGCGCACUGGGAAAAAGGAGCACGUGGUCUUCUUGGUUAUUCAGAAGACACACCUGGUGAAGAGAAAAGCCAGACCAGCAGGCGGCACAAGCACCGACAAAACACACGAUAAAGAGGAGAUGGAAGAAGCUUUAAGAAAAAUGAAAGCAAAGUAUUCUGCACUGCCUCAUUGCUCUGGAAGAAGAACACACUGGGAAAUCCUGAGAAGUAUUGUCAUGUUUGGACAAGGCAACUUGGUGAGUUCAUUCACACCAUUCUACCCCAGCAAGCUGUGGAUCGAGGAGAAAGCUUUCUGCAACGCAUUCCCCUUCCACAUCGUCUUUGACGGGGCACUGAGGGUGAAGCAGUCAGGAGUCAACAUCCAGAAGUUUGUGCCUGGGCUGCAGACCAUGGACAUCCAACUCAACGAAUACUUCAGCAUCAUUCACCCCCAGGUCACCUUCACUAUCGACAGCAUCAAGAAAUUCAUCAACAGCCAGUUUGUCCUGAAGACCCGCAGGGAAAUGAUGCCAGAAUCUUCAAAGAAUCAGCCUAUGCUCAAGCUCAGAGGUCAGAUGCUGUGGAUGGACGCCUUGGGCUGCAUGGUGUACCUGUGCUCUCCCAAGCUGCGCAGCCUUCAGGAGCUGGAGGAGAGGGGCAUGCACAUCGCGGACAUCGCCCAGCACGACACCACGCGCGACCUCAUCCUGCUCAACCAGCAGCGCCUGGCCGAGAUCGAGCUCUCCAACCAGCUGGAGCGCAAAAAGGAGGAGCUGCGCAUCCUCUCCAGGACCCUGGAGGUGGAGAAGAAGAAGACGGAGACGCUGCUGUAUGCCAUGCUUCCCAGGCACGUCGCCAACCAGCUCAAGGAAGGAAAAAAGGUGGAAGCAGGAGAGUUCAAGGAGUGCACCAUACUCUUCAGUGAUGUAGUAACAUUUACCUACAUAUGUGCAGCAUGUGAGCCGAUCCAGAUUGUCAACAUGCUGAAUUCCAUGUACUCCAAAUUCGACCGACUGACCAGCAUCCAUGACGUGUACAAGGUUGAAACUAUUGGGGACGCCUACAUGGUGGUUGGUGGUGUCCCCAUCCCAGCCGACAGUCAUGCAGAGCGAGUGGCAAACUUUGCCCUGGGAAUGAGAAUUGCUGCAAGGGAGGUGACAAAUCCUAUCACAGGUGAUCCCAUCCAGAUCAGGGUAGGUAUUCACACUGGACCAGUGCUGGCAGGGGUAGUAGGAGAGAAGAUGCCCAGGUACUGCCUGUUUGGAGACACGGUCAACACUGCUUCCAGGAUGGAGAGUCAUGGAGUGCCCAACCACAUCCAUCUCAGCCCCACUUCGUACAGAGCCCUGGAAAACAAAGGCUUUGAGAUCAGUGAACGGGGUGAAAUUGAGGUGAAAGGCAAGGGAAGGAUGUCUACCUUCUUUCUUCUCAAGAACUUACAAGCCUCUGAGGACGAGAUAAUGGGCAGAGAGUUGAAAGAGCCACUGCUGUCUGUGGAAGAUAAAGAAGAGACAGUAGACGGCGGAGAUGAUGACACCAUGGAGGCUGAAAGCAGGAGACUAGGGGCUGCUGUGCAGGAAAAGAGCCAGGGGACAACACUGCCACCUGGUGGUGACCUUUCUAAUGAAGCCAUAAACUCCAAAUUCUGUCACCUGCUUUAGUCCACUAAUGACAAGUGCACAAGGUGUUAAAACUGUCUUUUACAGACAUAGUACCAGUUACUGUACAAACUAUGACAUUUAUUCAUUAGUGUUAUUACUACAAUUUCAUUGCUUUACUUUUGUGCAGGGACUGCUAUCUUGUGUAACAGUAGAUCAUUUUGGACUGAAAUCAUUGGAUACUUCCCAGGAUUAAUAACAAAGUGGAAAAUGGCUAUAAUGUGUUUAACUGGGACAUAACUUCAUAUUUUCUCAUUGUGUAAGGCUGGUAGACACAACUAUGGUGUGUUUUUAUAACCUUAUACAUUUUAAUUAAAUUUAAUAAUUAAAUUAAUUUUAAGACCAUUAUCUUAAGAUUUGAA